AUGCCCAAACGCACCCGCCCACCGACCAUCAUCACCCUCCCGGCCUCGUCCCCGCCGCCCCUCCCGCCCACGUCCCCGACCACCAACACCUUCCUCGCCGAGCGCUUCGGGCCCGCCGCGGGCCCGCGCAAGCGCUGGCUCAUCUACUUCGUCACGGGCAACCCGGGCCUGGUCGGCUACUACGACCUGUUCCUGUCGCACCUGCAUUUUUUGCUCACCGCGCACCCGACGCUGGCGCCGCGCCACGCCUUCGACGUCUUCGCCCGCAGCCUGUCGGGCUUCGAGGCGCGCGGCGCCGAGAGCGCGGGAGGCAGCGUUUGGCCGGCCAACGCCAAGGACGGGAGGGCCCGCGCCGGCAGCAAGCGCGGGUGGGGCAGGCUGAAGCGGCCGCCGUUUGGGCUGAGGGAGCAGGUGGAUGGCGUGGAGUGGGCGCUUUGGGACCAUGUGAGGGGGAUGAGGGAGGAGGGCGAGGAGGAGUACGACGAUGGUGAUGGAGAGAGGUUCGGGUCCGGGUCCGGGUCGUCGUCGGCGGUGCUGGUGAACGGGGUAGGGGGGGAGGAGGGGGAGGGUGGUGAUGAUGAUGAGGCGCACGGGAAGGAGGGGGAGGAGACGAGGGUGGUGGUGAUUGGGCAUUCAGUGGGGGCGUACAUGGCGCUGGAGGUGGUGAAGCGGUGGCGGGAGUCGUUGAAGGUGAAGCAGAGGCGGGCGCGGGAGAAGAGCGAGAAGGAGGAGGCGGUGGACGGCCCGGUGACGAUGCUGGACGCGAGCGCCUACGCCGAGGACGCCGAUGUAGAGGAGAAGGAGGGAGGCAGGAUCGUGGGAGGCGUGUGCUUGUUCCCGACCGUGACGCACAUUGCCAAAAGCAGCAGCGGGAUGAAGCUCACCAUGCUCCUCGAAUCGCUCCCCACCCUCCCCGUCCUCGCCUCCGUCCUCGCCCACGUCCUCACCUUCUUCUUCCCCACCCUCCUCCUCGCCGAGCUCCUCGCCCUCGUCCUCGCCCACCCGCCCGACGCCGCCCGCACCACGGCCGAGUUUCUGAAAUCCCCCCACGGCGUCCGCCAGGCCCUGCACCUCGCCGCCGACGAGCUGCUGUCCAUCACCGCCGACCGCUGGGACGACGAGGUCUGGGGCUCUUCUUCCGCCUCCUCCUCCGCGGCGGCGGCGACAACAGGGCCGAGCCCCGCGGUCGGCGCCGUGCCGCCGCGGACGAAGCUGUUUUUCUUGUUUGGAAAGGACGACCACUGGGUCGCGGACGAGACGAGGGACGAGCUGAUGAGGGAGAGGGGCCGGACGAGGGCGCAGAGGGGUGAGGCCGAGAGGUGGAGGCCCGUCAUGGAGGUGGAUGAGACGGGGAUUCCGCAUGGGUUUUGCAUCGUGGCCGAGAGGGUGGCCAGAUACAUAGAGGAGAUCGUUAGACAAGAAACAGUUUGA